UCAAAUGCGCAGGUGAGCUGAACGUUUCGCUGCCGUCGCUCAGCCGUUCGUCGUUCGUUUAUUUGAAAACAGUUCGUCAUCGUCUGUCUCUGUCGUGUCUGCGCAAAACAGUUAACAGUAACACCAACAACCGCGACGACUCUGCCGUCAGCGUCUGUUAGUGUGUGUGUGUGUGAGAGAGUGCGCGCUUUCAGUGUGUGCGUGCGUGUGCGAAUUGCGUAUACGUCGUGUGCGCUGCGGCUCAUGAACUUGUAGAACUUUUCAACUGAUUUUCGAACAGACUUAAUGAGUUGUUGCAUUGCAAUUGAGGCUGACCUUAAAGGUGGCAUAACCUUUAGUGGCUGCCGAACAAUCUGUUGACAGCCAACGCACGAGAUACGAAUACGUGUUUCGUAAACGCCAACAAACAAAACCAGAUAAAGAAUUGUGUGUAUGUAAUGUGUAUUUGGAUACACUAGAGCUGCAAUAUUAAAAUUGACUCAAGCUGGGACAAGUGGAAUUGAGACGCAUUUCAAGAACGCAAUAAACAACAAAACAAAGCGUGUAAAAUUUGUGAAACCCAAAAAAAAAAAAGAAAGAGACUGUGAAUACGAUAUAAUUACAUAGAGAGUGAGAGUGAGAGACUCAACGCCUAAUUAGUGGCGUGAGCGAGUGUUGAGAGAGAGUGAGAGGUAGCUCGAUAAGUACUAUCAGGCCUACCUAGGUGUGUACCGCCUACCCCACUCCCACGAUCACUCGCAGCACAAUGGCCGACGAAGAUCUCAGCCCGCUGCCGUUUCGGCGAGAGCGUAACUUGAGCAAUCGGAACUUCAACAAGCGCAACUCGCGUCGCCGCAGCGGCCAGCCAUCGGAGCUGGAGCGCCACAGUAGUGCACUGGACGGGCAUUGCGGCGGACGACGCGACAGCAACGCGAGCAGCAGUUCGAGUUCCUUUCAGCUCUCCUACUCGGUCAACUCGGAUACGGAGAGCGCGUUCAAUCGACGCUCCAUACUGAAAAUGCGCGCGGCCAGCGAUGACACGGCAGAGCCGCGCGCGGAUACCACGCCACAGACACCCACGACGCCGGAUCCGGCAUUCCUGGAUGUGCGGCAGAAGGUGCAGCGCUUCGAGACGCUGAAGACCACAAUUAGCUACUUGCGGCAAGAUCGCCUUAGCCUGAAGCUGCUCGAGAAUCGUCGCCAUCCCAGCUUCUCGCAGUACACAGAUCAGGUUCAAAUUCGAACUCCACCCCCGCCGCGACGUGUUGCUCUGCCAGGUCUCAGCUCCCGCACCGAUUCCGUAUCCAGCAACCAUCUCAGCAUUGAUGAGGUGCGCUCCGAGGACGAGGUCGAUCAGAUCUCAGACUUUGAAGCGGAUCCUCAGGAGGCGGUCGAGUACGUGCUCAGCGAGAGCAGCUCCGCUGUGCUGCCCGCCAGCUGCACAGAUGCGGAUGAAGUGAAGACCCAAGCGGUGCAGCGUUCCAUAAGCGCGGAUCCCACCAAGCUGCGCACUGACAAAGAUUUCCCAAGAAAUUUUCGUUCCACACCAAGGAGGAAGACUGAAAUUAUUGGCACAACCAACCAUCAUCUGGUUAAUAAAUUUCAUUCCGUCUAUCAGCCCAAAGAGGAAGAGGAUGAGACUGAAAUCGAGCUGCGUGAUAAGAGCGACAAGUGUGUGCACCCCAUACUCGAGGAGCUUAUUCAUACGGAGGAGGCCUAUGUGAAGAAUCUGUUUACGGGCCUGGACAACUAUGGCAAUAUCUUCCAACGCAAGGAUCUGCCCCUGGGUCUGCGGGGCAAGAAGUACGAUCUCUUUGGCAACAUUGAGCAAAUCGCUGAGUUCCAUCGCGAUGAGUUCUUGCCCAUGCUGCAGCGAAAUCGUCGCGAUCUGAAACGACUCUUUGACGAGUUCUUAGAGUUUUUGGAUCAAAACUAUUUCUAUGGCUAUGUGAUCUUCACGAUGAACAAGCAGAAAUCCUUAAAGCUGUGCGAUCUCUAUAAGAACUAUUUUACGAGCAUACGUCUGGAGCGCGAUGAUAAGCUGGGCAUCAAUAGCUUCCUGGUGCAGCCUAUACAGCGCAUGGCGCGUUAUCCCUUGCUCCUGACGCAGUUCAUCAAUACAUUCUUUAAGAAUCGUGAUAUCGUGAUGAAGCCACUGAUUGAGUCCUGCUGUCGUCUAGAGAAGCGUCUGCGCACCCUGCUGAUCACCACCAACGAAUCGGAGAUCAUCAAUGAUAUUGUGGACUGCAAUGAGUUUAAUGUGUAUUACCAAGGCAAGUUCCGUAAGGUGAGCGAGUUUCACGUGACUGAUCACAAGCUGAAGCGCAGCUAUCGUGCCAAGGUCUUCAUAUUCGACAAGUGCAUCAUCUACACGGAGAUCAAGGGCAAGCACUUGGUAUUCCACGGUCGAUAUCCUUGCGAGCAUAUCGGCAUAGCGGCCAAAACCAAAUCCUUCACACUCUUCUAUGAGCGACGCAAGCAGCAGGAGUGCGAAUUUAGCGCAGAUCCCGCACAGAUUCAGCUCUGGCUGGAUCUCAUCCGCGACAUGAUCAACAACUACGCCAACGAGGAGCGGCAGAAGCUGCAUGAUCGCUACUGUCGUGAAAACGAUCAUCUGCAUCGCAAGGCGCCCAGUCUAUCGCUCUAUCGUGACUCGAAUCGCUUCAGUUCGGACAGCGGCAUUGGCAACAUCUGGGUAAUGCCCAAGCCGGAGGAGGAGGCGACCAGCAAUCGCACCACCUGGUACGCAGCCUCCUAAGUUGCCCAGCGAGGGACUUUCGCCCCACUGAACUGGUAUCCAAAAGACAGACCAUGAGGGUGCUCAUGUGUCCUUGGCCAGGUCGCCUCAGUCGGAGCUGUACAGCUGGCUGGACCGGAAUGAGCCUGUGCAAUUAGUCAACUGCUUAUAGGAGUUGACACAUGUUUAUUAUUAUUAUAUACUAAAUUUGUUAUGACUAGUUACUUUCCCAAAACCAAAAAAAUGGAAAAAAAAAAAAACAAAAAAUUUAAGAAAAAGCUGUUUAAGUCUAAGGCUAAAACACCAAAUAUUGCCAAUUAAGUUAAUUGUAAUAUUUAAAACAAAAAAUUAUAUAAUUAUUGUUAUAUUUAUAUUCUAUUCGAUGUUGUCACAAGUAAACUAAAUUGUUGUUAACACAUAAA